AUGGCGGGCAUCACCAUCCAUGCCUUGGAUGAUUACUAUCUAGCCAUCACACUGCUCACCACUGUUGGCUACCAGCUGGUGUUUUUCUCCAUCGCCUAUACCUUCAAGUUUGACAAAGUCACUGAUAUCGCCGGUGGCACCAACUUCAUCAUCCUCGCCAUCAUCACGCUCGCCUUCAGCGGCCACCAAGAUGCGCGGCAGCUAGUUGUGUCGCUGUGCAUGGUAGUCUGGGCGCUACGCCUCUCGGGCUACCUGUUCUUCCGGAUCCUUAAGACGGGCAAGGACGACCGCUUCGACGAGAUCCGCGAGCGCUUCUGGGCCUUCCUGGGCUUCUUCGUCUUCCAGAUGCUGUGGGUCUGGCUCGUGUCGCUGCCCGUCACCGUGCUCAACUCGCCCGCCGUCCAGCAGUACGCGCAGCACCCCUUCGGCACGGCCCGCGACAUCGCCGGCGUCGUGCUCUUCGCCCUCGGCCUUGUCGUCGAGACGGUCAGCGACGCCCACCGCUACCGCUUCCGCUCCGCGCGCACCGACAAGGCCGCCAUCUGCGACACGGGCCUGUUCCGCUUCUCGCGCCACCCCAACUACUUCGGCGAGAUAAUCGUCCACUUCGCCAUCUACACGAUCGCAGUCUCCUCAGCCGCAGACGGCUACGUCGAGGGCCCCGCGUACGGUGCGCUGUACGCGACCAUCGUCGGCCCAGCGUUCCUGACCUUCCUGCUGAUGUUCGUGUCGGGCCUCACGCUGUCGGAGCGGCCGGGCGCGAAGAAGCGCUACGAGAGCGGCAGCCCGCGCGAGUGGGAGGCCUACUCGCGCUAUCUCCGCCGCACAAGCAUCCUGGUCCCGUUCCCGCCCGGCCUCUACGAGCCCCUGCCCGCGCUGCUCAAGCGCACUCUCUUCCUCGAGUUCCCCAUCUACGUCUUCGACCCCGCCAAGCACUCCGACAAAAAGAAGCAGCAGCAACAGCCGCAGACGGCGGCCGAGCCCGUCACUGCGGUUGUCGUCAACGAGCAGCAGCAGCGCGAGAGCGCCGAUGGCCUGGUAGAGACGUCUCAGGCUUAA